AUGUCAUGGCAGAUACCUUUAGUUAUGAAAAGUUUUAACUACAUGGACGUGAGUCGCACACUGUGCCCUGUAGACACAAACCAUACAGUUCAGAAGAUAUAUGUGGAGUUUUCAACACAGGCAGAGAGGGAGAUAUCGUUUACAUUGAGAGCAGAGCUUGUAUAUGACUUUAUGCUACAGACCAAUAGUUAUCAUGAAGUGAUCAGUUUACCAUCCAAGCCAGUGUUUAAUAUGUACACAUUCCCCGAGGGUGUAGAGACAGUGUUGGUCAGGGCAAAGUCUUCUGAUAAGAAAUGUGCUGUUCUUUCUAUACAAAAUACUCAGUGUCCUAUAUUUGACCUUGACACAGAUGUGGAGUAUCAGGGCAAGUACCAGACCAUGACAACACAGGGAGCAAUUUCCAUCGAGAAAUCCGAGCAUCCAAGCGGGUCAUUUUUUGUUGUUGUUGUUGUCAAACCGAGUGACACUGAAUGUACAGAUGGCGUUACACCGGUUGCUAUUCAGCCGCCAAGUGGUGCCUUUAUCCGGCAAAAAAAUGUCUCAAUUCACAUUGAAAAAACUAUACCAAAAUCUCAGUAUUAUAAAGCUACCCUGGCUGCAGCUGGUUUCUUCAUAGCAUUUUAUGUGGUGGCUCUAAUUAUAGGAAUAUGUUACCAUGGCUGUAAGGACAAUUGGGGCAUAAUAGAAAUAGCUACAUUUGAAAACUCAAUGAAACAAGAAGAGUUACAUGAGCCAAUAGCUGACACAAGUGGUCAAUAUCACACUUGCGGAACCCAAGAUGGAGAUAAUCAACGUUUGGUUAAUGAAACAGUUAGACAUGAAGGUGGAGCCCAAAGUUAUGGUGCUAUUUCAAACCCCACCUCUAACCCAGCCUCUAUUCCAGCAGCUGACCAAUCACACAAGAGAGCUGAAGAUCUUGAGUCAAUCAGUUCUGAAGAUUAUGACUUCGUUAAAGAUGCUGAUCAUGAUAAAAAUAUAUUCAGAACAAAGACAGCCCUAUUUGUUUGUGACUUAGCAAGAAAAAGUGAGAAAAGGGCAGAUAAAUCCUAUAAACUAUAUUGCAAAAAUUUGUUCACGAUAGCUAUAUUUUAUGGGUUACCAGUAAUACAACUUGUGAUGACGUACCAAACAGUACUAAACUUCACUGGCGACCAGGACAUAUGUUACUAUAAUUUUGAGUGUGCUCAUCCGCUUGGUAGAGUGAGCUCAUUUAAUAAUAUCUACAGUAACAUAGGUUAUGUUAUGCUGGGUAUACUGUUCCUGAUACUGGUUGCCCGCAGAGAGUUUCUGUACAAGACAGCAAAAGAUAAAAGUGAAGGUAGACAUAAGAAAUUUGGAAUACCACAGCAUUUUGGUUUGUUUUAUGGGAUGGGGUUUGCAUUGUGUAUGGAGGGAAUCAUGAGUGCAUGUUACCAUGUGUGCCCAACUUUCUCCAAUUUUCAGUUUGAUACAUCAUUCAUGUACAUUAUAGCAUGUUUGUGUAUUUUGAAGAUCUACCAGAAUCGUCAUCCAGAUAUUAGCGCUAAAUCACAUUCCGCCUAUGCCGUCAUGGCCAUAGUCAUCAUCAUCGCCGUUAUUGGUGUGGUAUAUGGUACAAACUUGUUCUGGAUACUAUUUGCUAUAGUUUACCUUUUGGCUUCUCUUUUGCUUAGCAUACAUCUCUACUUUAUGGGCAGAUGGAAACUUGAUCGUUUCAUAUGUAAAAGAGUUUGGUUACUGAUCAUUUCUGAUUGGAUAAAAUGUAGCAAGCCUGUGUAUCCAAGCCGCAUGAUUUUUCUUAUCAUUGGAAAUAUUGUAAAUUGGUCCAUAGCUUUGUAUGGAGGGCUUUCAGAACCAUCAGAUUUUGCCAGUCUUUUGCUGGCAGUGUUCAUUGCAAAUUUGGCUCUAUACAUGCUGUUUUAUAUAUUUAUGAAGUGGUGGGCUAAGGAGAAGAUACCUCACUUGACGAAGGCUUUUAUACUGAUAGCUGGCGUAACAUGGGGGUUUGCUUUGUACUUCUUUGUAGCACAUCUAACUAGCUGGCAGCUGUCACCAGCCGGAUCUCGGGCCGGGAACCAAGAAUGUUCACUGUUCCAGUUUUAUGACAAACAUGAUAUCUGGCACUUCCUGUCUGCCAUAAGUCUUUUCUUCUCAUUCCUGAUAAUACUCACCUUAGAUGAUGAGAUCAUCCUGAUGAGAAGAGACAAAAUCUCUGUGUUUUGAUUGGUCAAAAAUCAAGGAGAGAAUUCUCUGUGUUUUGAUUGGCUCAAAAUUGAAUUGACAAUAAAUAUGCCCUAAGUGCCACAUGAAAUGCUUACCUUAUGUGAUAUUGUAUAUUUCAUUUUAGUGCUUUACUUAAAAUUAAAACUCAAAACCUAAAUUGUGAUAAAGUUUUAUUGUUAGGUUUAGGCUUACUUCAUACUUGACAUUGUAGUAAAAUAUAAAGUAUUUGUAGCAAAUGAGAUAUAAAAUGUUAUAUAUAAAAUUUUACUGUAGAUUAUAAAUAUAUUAAAAUAAGUGUUAACUGUUAUUCUAUAUUUACAUUUAAUUAUUCUAGAUACAGAGUGAUUAUUAGAGGUAAAUCUUAUAAAAUAGAAUUUAUUUAAUUUAUUUACAGUAAGCUUUAUUAUGAAGAUGGCUUGCUAUUUAUUUGACUUACUAGUACUGACCCUGUGUUCACUUAGAUUUAGAUUGACUCCACUUUGUUCUAAAAUCCUUAAAAAAUCCUUAUUUUUAUCCCAAAAUAGCGUUAUUUCUUUGCAAAUUAGAAAUCUUUUACAUUUUGCUUCAUGCACUGUAUUAUAUAUCCUCAGUAACCCAAGCUAUUGACCGUAUGCCAGUAUCGAUUAAUGUAGCAUAUACGGAAUGUGUACUGUGGGUUCCUACUGUAGUGAAUGUGUAUUAUCUUAUCCUUACGCAUUACAUUUUAGUGUCAUAAAGUAAUAUAAAUAAAAUCAGUGCCACCUGAUCCUGAUCUUUUCUUUGUGAGCACAGGGAAUUAUGUCAUAUGAGGAAACAUGGUGGUGACCAAAGUAGAGUUUGAACCAAUGACCACCAGUUUAAAAGCCAGAUGCCAUAACCACUAGACUAGCACUCCCUUGUGUGAUUAUUGAGAUAGUGCUAAUUUAGAACCAUUUGAUUUAAUAUUUUAACAUUCCAUGAUAAUAAUUGAUUGAUAACUCGAAAUUGUUAGUGUCUGAAUGUAUUAUAAGAUGAGAUAAUCUUUAGUUACUGUGUUAUGCUUUUUAUCACAUGAUGUCUGUUUUAUAUUAUAUUUUGUAAUAUAUUUCUUUAUGAUUUUUCUAUUACUCAUGUGUAAUCUAAAACAUUAUGACGUCAUUAAUCAUAUGUAAAGUCAAUAAAUGACAUCAUUUUUCAAAAUAACUUAAUGUUUAUCAAGUAUUCAAAACAAAUAUUUUGUUAUAUGUACUUUAAUCUAUUUACAUGUACCUGUAUUAAGGCUACUGUUUUUUUUCUGUUUGUUUUUGUUUUGUGUUUGUUUUGGAGAAGAUCAAAUAUUACAAAGUGAAAACAAAUAUUUGAUUGCAAAUCUUGUUAAGAGUAUCAAACUGUUAUUGAAAAUAUACAUGAGUAGUCUCCCAUUUACAUUAGAAUAAAAACUAUAUCACAUAAUUAUCUUUACAAUAAAGUGUCAUAGUAUUUUAGCUCGCCUAUUUGCAAAAAAAAAUCAGGAUCUAUCCAACUCAACUGCUUGAUCACAUUAGUUGUUAAAGUUUAAGCGUGCAACCUCAUUUCACUUUAACAGGUUAGGUAAUUCCAACAUUUCCAAGCAUGGAUUUUUACUGAAUAGUCUCCCUUUGUGAACUCGGGACAUUAAUUAUUAAGGUUUUGAAUCUUAUGAUUCCACAAGCAAUGGAGGUUUAUGCUGAUAGUUGUAACUCACAUAUCAAGAUAUACGGAUACUUACUUAAUCAUUCCACAUACCAAACUACUUCAAAUAUACCAGAAUUGCUUUUGUUUUAUAUUUGUAAUCAAUUACUGGGAAUAGUUAAGUGCACUGUCCGUGUGACAUCACUUGUUAAAUAUGCAUAUCUGAAAAUGAGUUCAUUAUCCGGCAAGCUGACAGAAAAAUUUACUCCUUGAUUCUUCUGCAACUCUAUGAUAAGUAAAAGUGAUUUAAAAGCACUUAAUAGUGCUUUACCGUCAGCUGCUUUCAAGUUUUCCUUACUACCUUAAAAUAUAUUUAGAGCAUUGAUGAAACUAUUCAUUACUUUUAUGUUUAAGUCAAUGUGAAAAUCCUAGGCGGUGCCAUGAUUUUACGGGAAUAUUACAUACCUCAGGAUAUAGACAUUGUUUCUAUGAUAUUUAACAUUCCAUAUUGAAUGAGAUGAUCUGAAAAUUGUUAAAUAUUUCUACACAAAAAAAUAUUAAUCUGCUUAAAAUAUUUAGCUUGAAUAAAUACUUUUCCAUAGUUAUAAAGGGUAAUUGUUAGGCUUGGUGAAUUUGUGUGUCUGUUUAAUAUUUUUACAUUAUAAAGAACCGUGUCAUGACAAAACCAACAUACAGUGCGUUUGCGACCAGCAUGGAUCCAGACCAGCCUGCGCAGUCUGAUCAGGAUCCAUGCUGUUCGCUAUUAGUUUCUCUACUUGUAGUAGGGUUGGUAAGCGAACAGUAUGGAUCCUGAUCAGACUGCACGGAUGCGCAGGCUGGUCUGGAUCAAUGCUGGUCGCAAACCCAUUAUGUUGGUUUUGUCGUGACGCGUCUCAUAUAAAGAACCUCUAUCACAUCAUUUUGAUAUCUCAAGUAUCAGGAUAUUUUGUGAUUUCUAUAGAAUGAAUGUUUUAUUUUCUGUGUGUAAUACGGUAGACACUAAAUCUUUCAAACAAUUCGUCAGUUUUAGUGAAAUUUUCAAAAAAUUAGUACUGACUGAGUAGUGAACUGUCAGAUCAUGAUGGCAUGGAUGUGCAGGCUGACCUUGGUCUACACUGGUGGUAUGGAUAGAUUUUAUGCCACCAGCAGGUUAAAGGUUUGAACAUUUUGUGGCAGUAAAGUUCCUUUUACUGAUAAGUUUUGUAAUUGAUGGUAUUUUUUUGUAAUUGAUGGUAUUUUUUUUAUAUAUAUAUUUAAAAGUAUAUCCUUAUCCAUGGCAAAUGUAAAUAUUUAUAAAGUGCUCUCAUGCAGCUAAAGUAUUAUAUUCAAUUAUAAGUAAACUUUAUGAAACUUGUGAGUGCUACCAUCAAUAUUGGUCAGUGUUAAGCCAGACCAGCCUGCACCUCUAGAAAUACCUGUAGCCAGGCAGAGACCUUAAAUCAUACUAUAGCACUAGUUUAAUUCCAUAAUAAACACAAUUGACUGGAUUUCACCCAUGCCUUGAUUAACAGGUGAUUAGAGGUAAUAGACCACUAUUGAAUUUCGUAAUUUCAGAACCAUUGCAUGUCCUUAUUAUUUUAUUCCUAUGUAUGUUUUGGGUAGUCAGGCAGUUUAUUGCAUGUACAACCUUCAAAAAGUUGCACACACAUGUCAAAAAAUUGUUCUUAUAUAUACAGUAAUUAUAGUAUCAGAUAGAAACAGCUGAUUGUCAGUAAAGGUAACUAACCUUAGAUUAAAAACAGAUUUUCAGAUCAAACAUGAAUGAAAUGAUUUGAGCCGCGUCACGACAAAACCAACGUAAUGGGUUUGCGACCGCGCAAUCUGAUCAGGAUCCAUGCUGUUGGCUAUCAGUUUCUCUAAUUGUAAUAGAGUUGGUAAGCGAACAGCAUGGAUCCUGAUCAGACUGCGCGGAUGCACAGGCUGGUCUGGAUCCAUGCUGGUCGCAAACCCAUUAUGUUGGUUUUGUCGUGACUCAGCGCAAAUGAUUUUAUUUUUAUUCCAGUGUAAAAUUUAAUCCUCGACUUUGUGUAGAAGCAAGGAGAUUAAGUAAUAAAUGAAAACAGAGAGUCUCCAAUUUGUUAUGUAUUUGAGCUUGUUACAGCCAAUGCUGUAAUAAUUUGUACAGAAUAAAGCUGAGUUGCAUAGCAAAUCAUUGAAAAGCAAAAAUAAAAGGAUUGACUUGAAAAAAGAGGGCAUUUAUAAUCCUUACCAUGCCGAAUAUUUCAAAUGAAUUUGUUCAUCUUUCAGUCAUGCCAAAAGUAUUCAAUAUUUUUAGUAAAUAUUUCAAAAUAAGUACUGACUGAAUCAUAAACAGUGCAGACCAUGAUCAGACUGCAUGGAUGUGCCCACAGAUCUUGGUCUGCUGUGGUCGCAUGGAUAAAGUAAUGUGCCACCAGCAGGGUAAAUGUUAAAGAGAAAGAGUUUAAAUCUUGUAAAGGGGAAAAAAUUCAGUACCCCAUUAUGCCACUGUUAUGUUCACUUUAUUAGUGUUCCAUUAAUAAAUUUUGUGUCAGGGAUUAACUUGUAAUUAUUUAGUCAAUAUUAUAGGUGUAGUACUCACAGCUUUUAAUAAGAAAAAUGUUAUUUAUUAUUGUAUCCUAAAUAUUUUAAUUCAUUCUAAUAUUUACUAUAACAUUGUUGUAUUUCCUUUAUUUAAAUCAAAUUAUUUCAUGUUUCAUAGUAUGCAGAUUUUACUAAUACCGUAGUAUUUUGAAAUUUAUGUAUUUUAUUUUUUUUACUUUUAUUGAUAUUAAUUUAUGUUUAAGAAAGUUGUUUAAAGAAUAUGAUUCUUGGUGUUAUCAAAAAAUGAAUGUCAAAAUGUUUACAAUAUCUUAUGAUUUUUGAAAGCAUGUGUUUUCAACUCAACAUUAAAACCUCAAAAUUUGGAAAAUAUGUUGACCGAUAAUAUAUAAGUGUUAUUUCAAAAUGAAAUGAAAUCAUCUGUGUUUAAAAAAUCUUUAUUCCAUAAGAAAUAACAUUGUCGUAAAAUAAAUUGAUGAACAUAAUGACUUCAUUUAAUUUUCACCUUUUUGAGCAAAUUGAAAAAAAUGUAAUUAUAUUAAUAAUUUUUCAUAUUGUUAUAAAAGUACAUAAUUAUUAUGUAUUUUAUGAAAAGUUGUAAAUGGUUUUGCAGGAAAAUUAUUUAUUACAUGUAUUUAUAAGAAUAAAUAUUUAUACAAAAUAUCCUUUUGUUCUGUUCUAUACAAAAUAUAUCAAUUUUUAUUGCUUUGGACUAUUUGGUGUACAUGAUAUUUUAAUUUUCACCUUUUUAUGCAAAUUAAAAAAUAAAUUUCAUAGAAAUUAAAAGUUUGUGUUAUACAUGUAUAAAUAGAUAUGUGUUCCAUGAAAGUUGUGAAAAGAAAUUUACUAUUUAUGAAAAUAAAUAUUUCUACAAAAUAUUUUAAUUAUUUAUUGCUUUAUUCUAUAUGCAGAUAAAGUUUAAUUGGAAUAUAGACACAAGUCAAUAAAUAAGCACAAUAAAUGACAACUGCACAAUGCAGUAUCAUAUCAAGUAUAUCAUAUAAAAUGCUUUAUAAAUUACAUUUUCUUAUUACUUUAACCUUUUAUUGGUGUAAAUUUAAUCUCUUCUAUAGUGUCAUACCAACAAAUAUGAUUGUGUAAAGAGAUUUAAUUUCAACUUGUCUGUGCAAGUGUUAAUUUAUUCCCUGUUUUAUUGUUACAUGUAUCUACAAAAGUUUCAUGAGAAUUGGUUUUUAUGGUAUUUUAUGUAUUAUGACCAAUUGUAUAAAAGAAAGGCAGAGGAUUUAGAUUGGGUAUUGUGUGAUAAACAUUGUUAUGUUUGUAAUCCAUUUAGUUGUAAAUGCUUUCUCUCUUUUUCUUUGAUAUUAUAUCUUAUGUUUCAUGAAAUAAAGUGUGUGAAUAACUAC